GAAGAAGAAGGUAGCAGGUGCCUGAGUUGCCUGCUUCUUAUCUGUUGUGAGUGUCCUCUCGGGUGAAAUUACAGGAUGGCACAGUGGGGUGCCAUAUUUUCAAUAAUCGCCGCUCUUGGAGGAGCAGCGCUCUUGGCCUCCGUGCACAAGAUUGAUGAGGGACACACUGGAGUUUACUACAGGGGAGGGGCUCUCCUGACCACCACUAGCAGCCCUGGUUUCCAUCUUAUGCUUCCAUUUAUAACCACGUACAAGUCUGUUCAGACGACACUGCAGACAGACGAGGUAAAGAAUGUACCAUGCGGCACAAGUGGGGGGGUGAUGAUUUACUUUGACCGCAUAGAAGUGGUGAACUACCUCGUUCCAUCAGCAGUGUACGACAUAGUGAGGAACUUCACAGCAGACUACGACAAAGCUUUGAUAUUUAACAAGGUUCACCAUGAGCUCAACCAGUUCUGCAGUGUUCACUCAUUGCAGGAGGUCUACAUCGGCUUGUUUGACCAAAUCGACGAAAACCUGAAGUUGACACUACAGGAGGAUCUAACAAAUAUGGCACCUGGACUUAUCAUACAGGCAGUCCGUGUCACAAAACCAGUUAUCCCAGAGAGCAUUCGCAGGAACUACGAGCUUAUGGAGAGUGAGAAGACGAAGCUGCUGAUCUCUCAACAGACACAGAAGGUUGUGGAGAAGGAGGCAGAAACGGAAAGGAUCAAAGCUGUCAUCGAGGCUGAGAAAGUGGCACAAGUGGCAGAGAUCAAGUUUGGACAGAAAGUCAUGGAGAAGGAAACAGAGAAAAAGAUCUCUCAGAUUGAAGACGCAGCUUUCCUGGCCCGGCAGAGAGCCAAGGCAGAUGCAGAGUUCUAUACAUCACAGAAAGCUGCAGAGGCCAACAAGCUGAAGUUAACACCUGAGUACCUGCAGCUAAUGAAGUUCAAGGCCAUCGCAGCCAACAGCAAAAUCUACUUUGGGAACGACAUACCCCAGAUGUUUGUGGACUCUGGCUCUGCAGGGAGCUCUAUCAAAGCCUCUGCAGCCAUGGACAUUGUUGCUGAGCAGAUCCUGGACCUGGAUUAGCAGGUAGUGUAGUAGUGGGACCCAAAGGACCACCCUAGGGGUGGAGGACUGUCUGCUGGAGGACAGGAGCCUGGCCCACAGGCUGGCUGGCAGCUUCUCCCUCUGACCCAGAGAAGCUCCACUGACCGGGGCCUGUAUUUCUCAAACGGUUCAGAAUCACAGCUAGAAAUCACAAUGAAAGUUUGAAAGUAGCGCCCUAUUCAGACGGGAUUAGUAUCACCAGGGGACCUCGUGAUUUAGAAAUGCCCCGCCCCGUCUGUGGUUUUUGCGGCACAUUCUCAUGGGAUGUCUGUAUUUUACUGGAAUUUACAUAAUUCCCAGGAAAUGUUACUCACAGUCAUAUGUAACUCCACUCUAUACAACACAUAAACACUACACAGCACUUCUAGCAGUGUCAUAAAGUCUUAACCUCCUUUUUACCCAUCUCAUCAUCUUCGAGAUUUUGCUUUUCUGAUAGAUAUGAGCUUGCUCUUUCUUUGAAUGGGUCCAUGCUAUGUAGCUAAGCCUCAUACACCCAAAAUGCUGUCAAAACUUUCAUUUCUAACUGCCAGUGCACCCUUUAUAAUUCUCAACCCAUAGGAAUACACAGGAAAAAGUUGCAAUGUAAAUAAAACUCCUUAUUUCGACCCCAAAUACCAGAGACGCCGAUUCGCACAGGACUAAUAUCAUGGCCUCUGUAUUUGGUGAAAUAUGGAAAAGAUUCACAGGGAAUUAAAAUCACAGACAACUUCCACAUUUAUUAAAAAUUACCAGAGGUACCCAGGUAAUACUUGUCCUGUGCAAAUAUGGCUUAGGGUGUAAAAUUCUCCUACCUCAGAGCAGAGGACUGCUUGUACUCUGUCCUGAUACAGAACAAGAUUGUCUAGACUCAGUAAAUUAGCUGGAAGAAAAACAAGAUAAAUGCUUUACUACUUUUGUGUUCAUACUAUUUGAAAGGAUGAUAUUUGGGCAGUGGCAGCAAAAUUAUUGGUAAUUCAUCUUAAUUAAAAGGACAGCUCAUCCUCAUAAUCAAAAAUAACAUAUUUUUCCUCUUAUCUGUAGUGCUGUUUAUCCAUCUGAUUGUUUUGGUGUGAGCUGCCGAUUGUUGGAGAUAUCAACUAGCACCACUUAGCUAGCUAACAUCACAGGCCUCUCAUCCAUGAGCUGAUGCGUGCUUCCUUCUGUGCGGUGAUUUGGUUGGGUGAACUGUUUCUUUCAGCUUUUCGGUGCGAUGAACUCAAUCACAGUUGUUCUUAUUGCAUUACUUGGCCGUUGACUAACCUCUGUCCCUCUGUUACUGUUGUUGCCCAUCGAUGCCUGUCAAACUUUUAGUUCUCACACGGCACAAAUUCAGCAUCGGCUAAUUAAGCUAAUGUUAGCUCUAUAAGUUGGUGAAAACACAAUCUUUAAUUGACUUUAUAAUGUUUCCAGCCCACUUAUUUUAAAAUAAAUAAAUUAAUGAUGGCUAUAUGUUGUGCUAAAAGUCUGAGGCAGAAAGUCAGCUUCCUUAACAAUUUAUGAUUCAUGUGAAAGACACCAAAGUAAAGCUAGUUGUGACCAGACUUCUUUUUACUAUAACUUGUAACAUCACUGAGUAAUGUACUAAUGCAGGUUACUACUGCAGGUAAUAAGCUAGUUGGACAUGCUAACAAUUCCAGCUUUGUUAGCACAGAUAAAAACAAAGUUUAAUCCCUUCCUUGUGUUCUUGGUUUUGAAAAUGUGACACAAACAAAAAAGACCGUUGUAUCCCAGGUUAAAAGUCAGUCAAAAGACCUUUUAAUCGAGUACCUGACAUGUUUUACAUUCCCAAACGUUCAAAGCAGGAAAGCUCUGCUAAAUCCCAGAGGACAUGGAAUGACUUGACAAGUUUAAGAGAGUUGUUAAAAUGUUGCUAUAUCUCUGCUGAAAAGAAGGACCAAAUUCGUGUGGCUCUGUGGAUGAAAGGCCGUGAUUUCUUUUUCUGAACCGCUCGAAAAAUACAGGCCCUGACCAGAUAUGUCACUGUAGACAAAACACAGGGAUGAUGAAUGUACUGUCUGGUAGCUGCUGCCUGUCAGAUGUGAUAUCACCACUCCAAUUGUUUUAUGUUUUUGUAAAAGUUUCUUUCAAGCACAGGGGACCUGUUGAAUAUUAAUUGAAGUUGUGCGACUGUUUGAAGUCGCACCACAUUUUGCUGUAUAUGUAGCACUUUGUUUUUCUCACUGAAUAUUCAGUGGAGAAACUAUAUUGUUACAACUGUUCAUUUUUUCGACUAUUAAUAUCUAUUUUGCUUUAGGUGUUUUGUUCAAACAUUGCUCACUAUGAAAAGUUUAUGUUGCGUUAUGACAAGAAAAACAGCUUUUGUACUCCAGUUUUCAUACAUGUGACAUCAGCUUUUCUCAAAAGGUUAUUUUCAGCUAUUUUUGAUGAUUUAAUAUAACCAUUCCAUCUCAUGUGUGAGAAUUGUCUGUAGGAGUCAGUUUUACUGACCUUUUUUUAACAAACAUCUUGGUUUGAUCAGGACCAAAAAAAUUAAUUAUGUUUAAUGUAUGACCUCUGUGUUAGAUGACUAAAGAAAAUCUUUGUCUGAAUGUUGACAUAAUGUUGACUUUGUUCCCCAGGAUUGGGCAAUUUUUUUGAGUGGGAUUGUUUCAACAGAAGAAUAUGUUGUUGCUCAGCAUAGAAUAUGUGGGGAUGAGUUAAUGAUCAAAUGGCGACCACUUCAUAUUAAAAACUGAAUCAUGCAUCAUGAGGUCUGAGAAUUUGGCAGAAGGAGCAUGUUUCAGCAGUAAUUCCAGGACAUUGACGUGAUUUUCUUUUGUAUUUUUGAACAGACAGAGCCACGGUGAGAAAAUAUUUCCGUCACCUGAAGCUACAUGGCGUAUGUCCAAAAGUCAAUGUAACCUGUCUCAACCUCCAUUUCUAAAUUCUUGUACAAUCUGAUUAUAUUGUGUGUCAUCGGCACCAAUCUGUUCUUGUUUUAAGUUGGUCCAUUUAGCCAUAAAAGUAACUUCCAGUUAAAUUCGAAUCCCUCUGAUUGAUGGAGACUUACAUUGACUUGAAAGGCGAAGUUUUUUUUUUUGUUUGUUUGGUUUUUUUUUUUACUGAUUUCAGUUGUGAAUGUGCAAUCACGGUGUUGUCACCUGACAAUAAAGUACUGUGGCUUAUUCUUUGAGAAGUCA